UGUAUGUUGCUCUCUGGUUUAAGGACAUUAGCAAGCAGCGCUGAAGUCAGAUCAGUCUAUACUUCAUCAUGACUCCAGUAAAUUUUAUGCUGUGUUUGUGUGUUUGUGUUUGUAUGGCUAUGACUGCUAAGGCUCAAGGCACUGUGGGCAUCAGAGAUCAUGAUAAAUCCAAACAGAUAGAGCUUCAAAGCAUGAAAGUGGACUGCAAGGUUGCAUCCCGGUUUGCUCACACAACUAUGACCACCAAAGCCUUUAAUGUGGCCAAUGAUUCACAGGAAGUCUUCUUUGAUGUGGACCUUCCCAAAACAGCCUUCAUUACCAACUUCACCAUAGAGAUUGAGGGUCAAGUGUAUAUCAGUGAAGUGAAGGAGAAAGAAAAAGCCAGGCAGCAGUAUGAGAAAGCUGUGUCAUCCGGACAGUCCGCCGGACUGGUCAAGGCUUUUGGGAGACACAUGGAGAAAUUCUCAGUGUCUGUAAAUGUUGCUGCUCAAAGCCUCGUAACUUUCACUCUUACCUAUGAAGAACUGCUGCGCCGUCGCCUCGGCAGCUACGAGAUCAUGAUAGGUGUCCGUCCAAAACAGCUGGUUCAGAAUUUUGAGAUUGUGGUAGAUAUCAAUGAACCCCAAGGCAUCACGUUUGUAGACGUCAACAGCACAUUCAUCACCAAUGAGCUGUUCCCUUUAGUGGAGAAAGUAGUCACUGUGAAAAAGGCCCAUGUGUACUUCUCCCCUACACUGGAUCAACAGAGACAAUGUCCAGACUGUGAAGGCACUUUGAUCGAUGGAGAUUUUUUUAUCAAGUAUGAUGUAAACCACGCACAGGAUAUCGGUGAAAUUCAGAUAGUGAAUGGCUACUUUGUACACUUUUUCGCCCCAGAAAAUUUGCCUCAAAUUCCUAAGAAUGUAGUAUUUGUGAUAGACCGAAGUGGGUCCAUGGAAGGAGAGAAGAUGAAACAGACUCGUGAAGCCCUGCUGACUAUAUUGAGUGACCUACAUGAGGAUGAUUAUUUUGGGCUGGUCACAUUUGAUGAUGUCAUAGAGUCAUGGAGGCCAUCGCUUAGCAAAGCUACACCAGAGAAUGUGUCCGCAGCCAAAAAAUUUGUUAAAACCAUUACAGCAAGACACUUCACUGAUAUAAACAAGGCCGUUUUGCAUGCGGUGGAUAUGCUUACUGCAGAACAAAGCGAAUCCCUCCCAGACACAUCCAUGAUCAUCUUACUAACUGAUGGAAGACCAAGUGCUGGCGAGCAAGAUCUAUCCAUAAUCCAAAAAAAUGUCCAUGAUGCCAUUAAUGGAAGCCUAAGUCUCUUCUGUUUGGGAUUUGGAAAUGAUUUGGACUACAGCCUUCUGGAUACCAUGGCCAAGCAGAAUGACGGUCUGGCUCGCAGAAUCUAUGAGGGCUCAGAUGCAACACUUCAACUACAGGGUUUUUAUGAAGAGGUGGCCAGUCCACUUCUUUUGGAGGUGAAUCUCAGUUACCCCGGUGACACUGUGACCUCACUGACAGACAUUCAUUUUAAGCAUUUCUUCGCGGGCUCUGAGAUUGUGGUAGCCGGUCGCCUGCAAGAGUCUGAGAUUGAAAACUUUAUAACAGAAGUGUCCGCAAAUGGGUUGGAAGAGCAGUUUGUUGUCAAGGGUUUAGUCGUUAAUGAGGAGAGGGACAGUGUGUUCCCUGAUCAAGAGUACAUCUUUGGGGAUUUCAUGGAGCACCUGUGGGCUUAUCUGACCAUCCAGCAGCUCUUGGAUAAAAGAGACAGAUGCUCUCCUGAUGAGAAAGACAACAUCACAGCUGAGGCUUUAGAUCUUUCUCUGAGGUAUCAUUUUGUCACACCGCUUACUUCCAUGGUGGUCACCAAACCACAGACAGGAGAUGAAGAAACUCUUAUUGCUGACAAGCUGACAGAAGAUGAACGGGAGGACACAGAAUCUGAUCUCAUGUCCAGCGGAGUAGUAGUCCAGAAUAGCUUGAGACAUCAAAAUUGGAACGCACUGGGCUUAUCUAUAAGUGACCAUGCUCCACCUCGUUCGAUGAGCAGUCGACGACUACUCAAACCUUCCUAUUCGGCUGAUGGAGAUCCUCACUUCAUCAUUGAGCUCCCAGAUCAGAAUGAUGCACUGUGCUUCAACUUUGAUGACAAACCUGGUACCAUCUUCAACCUAGUUAGAGACCCGCUUACAGGAAUUGUAGUGAACGGGCAGAUCAUUGGAGAGAAAAAAGAAGGUCCAGGAGUGAAGAUGCACACUUAUUUUGGGAGCUUUGGGAUUGUUCAUAAACAGCUUGGUGUCAAAUUGAUGGUGAGCACAAAGGAAAUCUCGGUGUCUGAGGAGGGGAAACAUGCAAAAUUAUUAUGGUCUACUACCAGAACUGUAAAAGGACGAAGCAUUAAUCUGAAGGUAAUGAAAGAUCAAAGUUUAAUGGUGACCUUGAGGGACUCAGUCAAGUUUCUGAUCAUCCUGCACAAAGUUUGGAAGAAUCAUCCGUAUCACCAAGACUAUCUUGGAUUCUACACCUUGGACAGCCACCUCCUAUCUAAAAGUGUCCACGGCCUGCUUGGUCAGUUUUACCACGGUGUUAACUUUGAAGUAAGUGGCUUGAUCCCAGGAACAGACCCUGGCAAACAAGAUGCCAUCAUGUUUGUGAAAGGAAAGAAGCUCACAGUUACCAGGGGCUUACAAAAAGAUUUCAGACAGGAUGUGAAGAAUGGAGAAAAUGUGCCUUGUUGGUUCAUUCAUAAUAACGGCAUUGGACUUCUUGAUGGACUUCACACAGACUACAUUGUGUCUGAUCUCUUCAAGACCAUCUGACAAACACACAAACGUUCUUGUCUAAAACUGUCACCUAUACAGUAAAAGUACAUUUGAUGUGGAGUUUAUUUUGAAAAUAUGUGCCAUACUUAACAAUGUGUCAGAAAGUGGUUUAUAACAGUAUCUUAUUGAUCAACUA